AUGUCUGCAGGGAGCUCGAUGCUUGAGGAUGACUUCAGCGUCUAUCUCAAGCCCACCAAGCACGCCCCACUACGUGAAUUACUCAGGAUCAAAAUUCAAGGUGCAGUGAUCCAAGUGCAAGUUCGUGUUGGAUAUCGCCAGGAAAUUCUCGAUUUACCGGCCUACAGCCUUUGCCCUCCGCUCCGUGACCCGGUAGAUUUUGAGACUCCCGCUCCUGCAGAAGACAUGGAUGAUAUCGAUCACCUUAACGAUCAACUCUAA